AUAAACCAAUUUAGCAAAAAUAAAAUAAAAUACUACGAACCUAUUAUUACACACAAAUAGAUUGGAUUGUAAUCACAACUCCCAAACCCAAUCAACUUCGCCGGAAAACGCCGCUGGACGGUCGCCGGCCACCAGAAGCAGCGAAAUUCUUCCAAAAGUAUGGUGUUUAUAGGGUAUCACUUAUCAGCUUCUAACUCAUACUCUUCUACUUUCAAGUUUAAGUUUCAACAAUUUGACAAGUGUAGAUCGACAUUACCUGGAGUUAUAAUUUGUGCUAAUCGGAAGCUUAGACCUGACGAAUCUGUGUGGAGACCAAAACAGUCAACACAAAAUGUUGAUUUCCCACCGAAGUUACCAAAAGGGAAGAAAAAACCAUACCCUAUUCCCUUUAAUGAAAUCAAACAAGCUGCAAAGAUGGAACGAAAACUUACUAGCAAGGGAAUAGAGAAACCUCUUGAACCUCCAAAGAAUGGAUUGCUUGUUCCAGACCUAGUUCCCGUUGCUUAUGAAGUAUUUGAUGCUUGGAAGCUUUUGAUUAAAGGCCUUUCCGAGUUAUUGCAUGUCAUUCCUGUAUAUGGCUGUAGUGAAUGCUCGGAAGUUCAUGUGGCUCCCACGGGUCACUGCAUUCUAGAUUGCGAAGGUCGAACAAGUUCAACGCGUCAUAGUUCCCAUGCUUGGGUCAAGGGUACCGUCAAUGAUAUAAUUGUCCCAAUUGAGUCCUAUCAUCUUUUUGACCCAUUUGGUAGGCGCGUUAUGCACGAUACACGGUUUGAAUAUGACCGGAUUCCAGCUGUUGUCGAGCUCUGCAUUCAAGCUGGCGUGGAUAUCCCAGAGUUUCCUUCACGCCGAAGGAGUAAUCCCAUACGAAUGUUUGGGAAAAAAGUAAUUGACAAAGGUGGAAAUCUAGAGGAGCCUGAGUCAUUGCACGUUGCAAAGUCCUCUGCCAUCCUUGACUUUGAUACUUACCGAGCUUGCGAGCGGUUUCCACCUCCACCGUUGUCAGACAUACCUAAAAUCGCCCAAGAAACAAUCGAUGCAUAUCAAAUUGUUAAAAAGGGUGUUAGGAAGUUGAUGAAGAAAUACACAGUGAAAGCAUGUGGUUAUUGUUCGGAGGUUCAUGUGGGACCGUGGGGUCACAAUGCAAAACUUUGCGGAUCCUUUAAGCAUCAAUGGAGAGAUGGAAAACAUGGUUGGCAAGAUGCUACUAUAGAUGAAGUUUUACCUCCAAACUAUGUGUGGCAUGUUAGAGACAUUAAUGGACCUCCCAUUCAAUCCAAACUGAAGAGAUAUUAUGGAAAGGCUCCUGCUGUUGUAGAAGUGUGUGUGCAAGCUGGUGCGAGUAUACCAGUUGAGUACAAGCCAAUGAUGAGGCUUGACAUUGUUAUUCCAGACACCGAUGAGGCGGCAAUGAUUGCUUGACGUGAUCUCACAAAAUGCAGGCUAUGUUUUUAGUGCAACUAUACAUGUUUUGUCCAUAGCAUGAGAAAAAUCUUCAACAUGACAUGUCUGGUUUCUUGAAGUUAUGGUAGCUUUUGUUGUAUCCAACAUGUAUAUAUAAGUUAAUAGCAGAACAAGUAGGUUAUAUCACUAAAUUUUGGUAUGUGAAUUUGUUUGUAUAA